GAAAAUCUCCCGGCAUGCUUUUCAGCAGGGCCGAGAAGAAGGAGCUUCGUGAUGGAGUCUGCUGGAGGCUAAAGACAUAAAUCUGCUGAGAUUUGAGCUGAGUAACGUGUGAGACGUGCAUGUUCCUCCACAGCGGAGCUUCAAGGAGGAUUCACACCGGUUCAUGACAGACACUUAGGCCGCUGCGCGACGGAGAUCCUCGGUUUAGCUGGUCACCAUGGCGACGGACAUCGGCUCGCCGCAGCGGUUCUUCCACAUGCCGCGCUUCCAGCACCAGGCGCCCCGACAGGUGUUCUACAAGAGGCCGGAUUUCGCCCAGCAGCAGGCCAUGCAGCAGCUCACCUUCGAUGGGAAACGCAUGAGGAAGGCCGUGAACCGCAAGACCAUCGACUACAACCCCUCUGUCAUCAGAUACCUGGAGAACCGACUGUGGCAGCGAGAUCACCGAGACUUCAGAGCCAUUCAGCCCGACGCUGGCUGCUACAACGACCUCGUCCCUCCUGUCGGGAUGCUGAAUAACCCCAUGAACGCCGUCACUACGAAGUUCGUCCGAACCUCCACCAACAAAGUGAAGUGUCCGGUGUUCGUCAUCAGGUGGACUCCUGAAGGCCGCCGGCUGGUGACCGGAGCCUCCAGUGGAGAGUUCACUCUAUGGAAUGGACUCACCUUCAACUUUGAGACCAUCCUCCAGGCCCACGACAGUCCGGUCCGGGCGAUGACGUGGUCUCAUAACGACAUGUGGAUGCUGACGGCGGACCACGGUGGCUACGUCAAGUACUGGCAGUCCAACAUGAACAACGUCAAGAUGUUCCAGGCUCACAAGGAGGCCAUUAGAGAAGCCAGUUUCUCUCCGACCGAUAAUAAAUUCGCCACCUGCUCAGACGACGGAACCGUCAGGAUUUGGGACUUUCUGCGCUGCCAUGAGGAGAGGAUCCUGAGAGGUCACGGCGCUGAUGUGAAGUGUGUCGACUGGCAUCCAACCAAAGGCCUGGUGGUGUCGGGCAGCAAGGACAGCCAGCAGCCAAUCAAAUUCUGGGACCCAAAGACGGGACAGAGUCUGGCGACGCUACACGCCCACAAGAACACUGUGAUGGAGGUGAAGUGGAACCUCAACGGUAACUGGCUGCUGACGGCGUCACGGGAUCACCUGUGCAAACUGUUCGACAUCAGAAACCUGAAGGAGGAGCUGCAGGUGUUCAGAGGACACAAGAAGGAGGCCACAGCUGUAGCCUGGCAUCCCGUCCAUGAAGGUCUGUUUGCCAGUGGAGGUUCUGAUGGUUCUCUGUUGUUCUGGCACACUGGUGUGGAGAAGGAGGUGGGAGGGAUGGAGAUGGCUCAUGAGGGGAUGAUCUGGAGUCUGGCCUGGCACCCACUGGGUCACAUCCUCUGCUCCGGGUCCAACGACCACACCAGUAAGUUCUGGACCAGGAAUCGACCCGGUGACAAGAUGAGAGACCGCUACAACCUGAACCUGCUGCCAGGAAUGUCCGAGGACGGCGUGGAGUACGAUGACGUGGAGCCGAACAGCGUAGCGGCGAUACCUGGGAUGGGAAUCCCCGAGCAGCUGAAGGCUGCCAUGGAGCAGGAGCAGAGCAGUAAAGAGGUGGCUCCUGAGGUAGAGAUGUCCAUCCCAGGUCUGGACUGGGGCAUGGACGAGGUGAUGGGCAAAGACGCCAAGAAGGUCCCUCAGAAGAAAGUCCCAUAUGCCAAACCCAUCCCCGCACAGUUCCAACAGGCCUGGGCCGAGAACAAAGUUCCCAUGAUGCCUCCUUCUGGAGACCUGUCCAAAGACCGGAAGGUGGAGCAGAAAGUAGAGGCAAAGAAGAAGACUCAGGCGGAGAUCGAGCAGGAAAUGGCAGCGCUGCAGUACACCAACCCCAUGCUGCUGGAGCAGAUGAAGAUGGACCGCAUGAACCAGAUGAACAACGAGGGGAACAUGGGCCCCUCCCAGGGUCAGGGCUCCAUGGGCCCCUUCCCUGGCCCUGGGGGCCCCAUGCCUCCUGGACAGCAGGGCUUUCCCCCCAGUAUGCCUCCACAGCAGAUGUCCAACAACAUGGGGCCCCCGAUGGGCCCCGGAGGCAUGCAGUCUCCGUACAUGCCUCCUGGUCAGGUGGGGCCCUCCUCUGGACCCCAGUCUCACCAGGGGCCCCCUCAGGGCAUGAUGGGACCACCAGACAUGCAGGGACCCCAAGGUAUGCAGAGACAUCCUGGCCCCCCAAGGAACAUGGGUCCCCAAGGGCCUCACAGUAUGGGACCCAGAGGGAUGCAGGGGCCGCCUGGAGGGAUGAUGGGCCCCCCUCCUCGAGGAAUGGGUCCUAGGGAUCCUCAGGGGCCCCCACCUCAGGGAGGCAUGAUGCCCCCUCAAGGCAACAUGAUGGGCCCCCAGGGUCCUAUGCAGGGUGGGAUGAUGGGGCCCCCACCCAGGACACAUGGCAAUAUGCCCAACAACUAUGGGAUGGGCAACAUGCAGGGGCCCCCAGGAGGGAUUCAUGGCCCCCCAGGAAAUAUGCAGGGACCCCAUGGAAAUAUGCAGGGCCCCCCUGGUAAUAUGCAGGGGCCCCAUGGAAACAUGCAGGGGCCCCAUGGAAACAUGCAGGGGCCCCUGUAUUUGCAGCACCAGGGCCAGAACACGGGGCCAAUGAUGCAUGGGAUAGGACAGCAGGGGCCCAGCAGCAAAGGAGACCCUCGGGGGCCACCGCCCAACCACCACAUGGGCCCUCCUGACCGGCAGGGCCCCGGGGGACCAGACCAGGGCUCGGGGCCCUACUGGGGGGACAACCAGCAGGGCAGGAGAGGACCGCAGGACUUUGACGGAGGACAGGACUUCCACGGCCGAGUAGACGAGGGCUGGAGACCCGGAUACCAGGGAGCAGCCGGGGGCCACAGGGGAGCCGGGCCCCGGGCUGGGGGGAACGGAGGCAGCUGGGGCCCCGAUGAGAGAUUCACCGGGGGAGAGUUCAGGGGCCGCAGGGAUGACAGGUUCCGAGGAGGUGGUCCGGGUCGGCCUGGAGGUCGAGGUUACCCUGAUGACUACAGCAGCCAGGAGGAGGUCUUUGAUGGCCCUGAGGAGACGGGACGAGGCUGGGACAGCGGAGGACGAGGGAGACCGCCUAGAGGAGGAGGUCCACCGAGAGGAGGAGGUCACGAUGGUUACCGCGACGGGCAGCAGAUGCAUGAUGGGUCGUCCCCGGCUGGUCGAGAGCGCUCUUCAUCUCUGCAGGGGAUGGACAUGGCGUCUCUGCCCCCCCGCAAGCGUCCAUGGCAGGACGGACCGGGGACAGGAGACCUCCGAGAGAGAGAGUCCCCCGGAGCUGAUGGAGGUCGUAUGUCUCAGAGGGAGGACGGCGGUUACGGUCCAUCUGGUCGUGGUGGACGAGGGGGCUGGGGUCCCGGAGGCCCUCCUGGGCCCCGGCGAGGAGGACCCCCACCCAGAGGAGUGCCAAGGGGCGGCGUUCGGGGCCGGUAGUCCUGAAUGUAGAAAUAAAAACUCCCAUGAUCCUCUGCUCCUUUGGUUCUCCCUGCUGGUUCCUCCACACACCUGAGACCAGAUGGACUUUGUCACUUUCAGUGUGUGAAGAACGGAGGCUUGUGAUUGGCCCCUGAGACGACAGGUAGAAGAGACAUGUAAAAUACUGUAGAGACUCAUCGUGUUGUUUGUAUCGGCGUCUCUUUUAUUCCACUUCAUCUGCAGCUUCCAGCUUUUUGUCCUUUUUGUAACAGAUUUCUAUGUUUUUGUGUUUUCACUGAGGUGGACAAUAAAGAUUCACACUUCAA